UGCAGCGCCGGCCGCCCACACGCACACGGCCUGCCCGCGGGCUGUGACGCCACACCGCGCCGUCGCCGUGACGUGGCGGAGGCGUGACGCAGGCACGCAGAGGGGCGCGUUUAUUCAAUGAUUAUGCUGCAUUAGAUGGAAGGAGUGUUCCUCAUUUGUGGCUUGGGGUGUUUCGAGGUCUUUUAUGUGCAGAGGAAUUAAGAUGGAUGAAAUAUUUUAUUGGCCAUAGCAGCAGCAGGAUGUAUAAGGUUACGAGGGAGUUUUCUAUAUGUCACCACAACAUGAAACUACAUGUAGAUGAGCCGACAUAUGUUUGUAUCCUGGGUCUGAGGGAUCAGAGGUUGACUGCUUAAGUACCACGGACAGAGGCUCUUUGAGGCAGCCUGGGAUCUGCUGAUACCAUCGGCAAGCCUCUGCCAGGAGGUGCUGUGACAUACGUCUUAUUACCUAUGGCUCAGCAUAGAAGAUACAGGAACAUCAUUCUAACUACUAAAAGGCAUAAUGCAGAAUCCUUUAACUUUUUCUGCAGCUGUAGUGGAAUUGUCUACAGGUGACGAAGUUUUGCAUAUCUCAGCCAGAGCUGCAGAGUCCUUUUUUGAAGAAAUUUGGGUCAUGAAGAAGGAAAAGGUGGAACAGCUUGAGCAAAAAAAAAAACCCGGGAUAGAGGUUCCCCAUUCAAAAGUUGGAUCACUUAGGUCAUUUUCAAGAGAAAUGAGCUGUUUAAAAAAUCCCUCAGAAAAUACUCUCCCAACUAUCAUCUAAAUCCAAUAAUGUGUUCUGUAUUCUGGCGCUCUCUUUCUUUGGGGAAUGAUACACCCUGUGUAUAGUUCAUACUGGAAGACUCAAAAUAGGCCAGGCCAAGACUGACCGUCUUCUGAUCCUCUGCUCAUCUUCAGUGAGGGAGUACUUUCCAAGGUUUGUACUACAGAAGUCACCAUACAGAUGUUUUCAAUGCCUCAAGUAAAAUAUACUUGCUUUAUUGAGCCAAAGUGGUGAAUUAUUUCUUUGUUUUCUGUUGUAUACAGGCUCUCUUCAGAAAGAAAGUGCUCUAAUUUUCACCAAAAAGAAAUGAUACUCUAGAAAACAGAAUAACAGUUUUUCUCUUCUGUUGUGCUCUCUACUUGCACAUCAGUGUUUACAAAAAAUAAAUUUUCGGACUAAGAGGCAUAAUUCCCUUACUGCAGUCAGACAUACGUGUUUUCUCUCCCAUGGAGGGAAGGGAAGAGGGUUGACUCUCAGUGAAACAAAGAUAGCUUCUGUUCUCAGCUUGUUUGAAAGGGGGGCAAGAAUCUAGUUAGAAAAUGCUUAUGAUAUAUUCAUAAAAUGGUUCUACUUGACCUAUUUGUGCUGCAUAGUUUCUGAAGAAUUCUGCCUUCGUUUUUGUAGCAGACUUGGUCAUUAUUGUUUCCUGUACUUAAGGAAAAAAUAAGUCUAUUAAUUACCACUUACAUUAGGCAUAUCAAGAUUUUGUCCAGGUUAAUGUGAUCUUGAUAGACCUUUUAAAAAGGACUUUAUAUAGACAUAGACUUUACAGUGAAUGAAUUUACUGUUCAGGUCCGUAUCCUUCUUGAAGCUCACUAAAAUAAAUAUCAGCUGGCAGUUCUCCCAGAGAAGAAUUUUUAAAAAUGCAAUUGCAAUCUUUUCUUUUGAAUCUUCUGUUUAUCCCCACCUUCUAAAGUGCCUAAUUUGUAUUUGCAAUGCCAUUGAAGGUUUAUGAAUUAUGAGUUUGUGACCAGUGGUUCCGUCACCUCCCUUCAGCUAUUUUCUGAACAAUUAGUUCCCCCAAGUGGCUGAGUCACUGAGGCCUUGCUUUGCAAAUCUCCAGGGAUGGUGUCCUCUAGGGAACAGAAUGACUGGGCAAAACCUAUGGAAAUAGAACACUGGAUUUGCAGUGAUACCGAAAUAAUUUCCAUUCUACUCAACUGAGUCCUGUUGGAGCAGCAUGGUUUCUAGAUAAUGCCCACUUGAAGUUCAACAUGGUUGAUUGCUGAAACUAAUAGAGGCAUAUAGAAGCUGAAAGAGAGUCUUUGAUGAUCUAUCUAACCGUCUCUCUCAGACCUGAGUUCAGUGCUCAGAGAGAAAAGAACCAAUGUUUUAAUCUUUAAUAGUGAUUUGCGUGGUUGCAGAGGCCAGGCACUAUCUCAAGCCCAUAGAUUUAUCAGCAUAAACCUUAUUCCUAAGUUCUCUUACUGCCAUAGUGGGGAAAAAUCUGAGAUUUCUUCAGCUGUAAAGGUGGACAGAGUUAUUAGUGAUUACAGAUGCUUUAUGUCUAGUUCUGUUUAUGUCAGUUUUCAUUUCUUGAUCUGAAAAUAUUUUCAUCUGCUUAAAACUUAUUAUGUUAACCUUAAUAUGAAAUGAGUAGCUUACAACUUGAAAGACUGUGCCUUCAAAAAAACCGAAAUCUUUUAAAGUUCAUAAACACUGCAUGAGAGGUGUUAAGAGAACACUUGGAUGUGCUAAUAGAUGUAUUUUAUAUUCAUUGCAAAAGAGUGUUUAAAAAUCUCUUACAUAUGUAUAUUUUGACUGUAAGGUAAGACUUCCAAGACUUUCUUCCUUUAUACAGUAGCACAGAAGUGGCUGUUUUUAUAGGAGGUUGUGUUAAGCCUUGCAUUGCCCACAUGCUAUAUAAGAUGUUGCUUUUUGAAUAUUGAUUUACCCACAUGUAGCUAGUACAUUUGAUAUUACAAUUCAAAAAAGUUACCUCAAAGCUGUUGGCCACUUGUUAUUCCCUAUAGGAAUAGUAUUUAAUGCAUAUUUUAAAAGUUACUUCUGUUGGGACAGUACAGAGAUAUGUGAAAUCUAAAUGUGUGAUAAUUGCAAAAUGAUGUCUUAGAUUGUUAUUGUUGCUAAUGCUGAUACUAUGCUAUUUAGAUGCCUUGAUUUCUUGAUGUGUUAACUUUUGUUUAACAGGUCUGCUUUUGCAUGGGUGUUGUUUUAUGUUAGACUUUUCUUUAAGAUACUGCAGCCAAGAUGCUGGUGAGAUUGUGUUGUCAGAAAGAAGCCUUAAUUGCAGAAAGAAACCUUAAAUAGAAUCAUAAAGUCAUAGAAUAGUGUGGGUUGGAAGGGACCUUUAUAGGUCAUCUAGUCCAGCCCUUCUGCAAUGAGCAGGGACAGCUUCAAGUAGAUGAGGAUGCUCAAAGCCCCAUCCAAUCUGACCUUGAAUGUUUCCAGGGAUGGGAUGGGAUGGGGCAUUAACCACCUCUCUGGGCAACCUGGUCCAGUGUUUCACCACCCUCAUCAUAAAAAAAUUCUUCCUUAUGUCUAGUCUGAAUCUAACCUCUUUUAGUUUAAAACGAUUAACCCUUGUCCUAUCACCACAGGGUCUAUUAAAAAUUCUGUCCCCUUCAGUCUUACAAGCCCCCUCUAAUUAUUGAAAGGCUGCAGUAGGGUCUUCCCAGAGCCUUCUCUUCUGCAGGCUGAACAGCUCCGACUCUCUCAGCCUUCCCUCGUAGGGGAGGUGCUGCACCCCUCUGAUCAUUUUUGUGGCCCUCCUCUGGACCCGCUCCAACAGGUCCAUGUCUUCCCUGUGCUGAGGACUCCAGAGCUGGACGCAGCACUCCAGGUGGGGUCUCACCACCAUGGAGUAGAGGGGCAGAAUCAUCUCCCUCAGCCUGCUGGCCACACUUCUUUUGAUGCAGCCCAAGAUACGGUUGGGUUUCUGGGCUGCAAGCACACAUUGCUGGCCUAUGUCCAGCUUUUCAUCUACCAGUACCCCCAAGUCCUUCUCCUCAAAGCUGCUCGCAAUCCCUUCAUCCCCCAGCCUGUAUUGGUAUCAGGGGUUGCCCCCACCCAGGUGCAGGACCUUGCACUUGGCUUUGUUGAACCUCAUGAGGUUCACAUGGGUCCACUCCUCAAGGUUGUCCAGGUCCCUCUAAAUGGUAACCUGUCCCUCAGGCAUGGCAGCUGCACCACUCAGCUUGGUGUUGCCUGCCAAUUUGCUGAGGGUGCACUCGAUCCCACUGUCUGUGACAUUGGUGAAGAUACUAACCAGUGCUGGUCUCAAUGUGGACCCCUGAGGGACACUGCUUGUCACUGACCUCCCAUCUGAAAACUGAGCCACUGAUAACUACCUUCUGGAUGCAGCCAUCUAACCAAUUCCACAUAGUCCACCUAUGAAAUCCAUAUCCCUCCAAUUUAGAGAGAAGAAUGUUGUAGGAGGCCAUGUCAAAGGCUUUACAGAAGUCCAGAGAGAUGAUAGCACGAUAAUGAAGCGACUCCUAUGUGUACUUUCAGAGGAAGCGAUCUUGGAAAUUGGGAAUCCUGAGUUACCCAACAGUAGAGAUGAUUAAUACUUUUUCUCCAUUCUUUCUUUUUUAUUGCACAAUUAUAUUAGGUACUAAUUUUAUGAAAAGUAGGUCUGUAUAAACUUCAGGAUUUAUCAAUAUGUGAUUGAUAGUGCAAUUUGGAUGUGUGGGGGGAAAAAAAGACUGAAUUAGACAGGAAACUGAAGAACUUCCCUGAAUAUGAACCAUGUAUCCAUGAUCUUGGAUUACAAGUUGCUAUUAAGUUAUUAUUAUUACAAGUUAUUAUUAAGCUAUCUCUCCAAAAUAACUGUUUAUGUCAAAAAUAGUUUUAAUUUAUUUUCACACUGAAAAACAUUGCUAGGGAUUUUAAGGUUGAAUGUCUGCUUUAAUGGGAGUCCAGUUAAUGUCAAUAAAAACAUUUUUAUUGUGUAGCUUUGUUGUUGUAAUGCUCUCUUCUGCUAAGAGUCUUUUGGAGACUAUUUAAGGAAUCCAGGAAGCAUCUUACUGCUCACAGAAUUUCUUGAAAUGCGUUAUAUUCCUAAUCCCUUAAGAUAAUGAACUUGCACAGACUUCCAAGCAAAGAACUUUCUAAAUGAUAAAAAGCUUAGUGCACAACUAGCAAAACCCCAUUGAUGCUCAAAUCAGAAUUAAUUAUAUAUAGCUUUAAAAAGAUCUAAUAUUCCCUUUUAGAAUUCCAACAAAUUGUUUUUACCUUCCUCCUGUGGUAUACCAGAACAUCUUUUCUAAGCAUAUUUGUACGUUCUGUAUUUUAGUGCUUGUGUGAAUGAUGUACUGUGAUUUUCCAGUCCUGCAUUAGAAUGCUUUGUUAUAUUGUUUAAUUUUCUAAGCUAUUUUAAUUCCACAAAAGGACUCCUAUGUAGACAUAAUUACAUUACUAUUUAAAUAAUCAAGUACUAAAAAGCUAAGAAAUGCACGAUAUGAGAUUAUCCCUGUGGCUUAAAUGCUUCUCCUUUCCAAAUCACGUGUAAUAGUAAUGUUCGUUACCCAUUUUAAGUUUGCAUUUAAUUCCCAUAUCCCACCCUCUUUGGCCUAGACACUUUCCAAGUCUCGUUUAUAGUUCUCUUGUCCUUUUCCUGCUUGCCCUCUGUAUAUCCUAGUUUCUCUUCCACACUGUCAGCUCAGCAGUUAAGAGACAAGGAGAGGCCAUUCCUUUGUUCUAACUUGGGUGUUUGGACCUAAAGCUAUAGUUUUAGGAAAAAUGCAGCCCAGCCUGAAGCAAAAGCAUGUUCACUAGAAUGUAAUCCUUGGGAAAAUUAGCUGCUUAAAGUAUCUGUUGAACACGUGCCAAGAGCUUACAACUUUGCCGGAUUUGGGCAGCUUGUCACAGACAAAAGAGACGUUGCUGUGUCAAAUAUCAAGGUCUUUGUCUAUGCACAGGUGUGUUACUAGAUUCUUUUUUUUUCUGGUUUUUUGUUUGGUUUUUUUUUUUAAAUGCAGACAUACCAGGGGAUGGCAGGCAUUUUCUGUUGAAAUUAAUUUUAGAGAAUUAUCUGAGGCAAAUACCCAGAACAGAACAUUCCACCCAAGUAGUUAUUAUUAGGCAAAGAGAGAAACAACUGCAAAUUAAUUGUUAUAAUGCAUAGAGUUGGGCACUCCUGAUUUGUAGGUUUUAUGCCCAAGCUUACCUCAUAUAGAUAUGUGGCAAAACUAGUUUUGAACCGAGAAGGCCAGAUUCAAUUUUCUAGAAUAUCUGCGGUUCUGUGGUUUGCAUGGGAUUAUGGAAAGUGUAAGUCAUCAUAGAAUGUAUUCCCUCUAUUUAAAAGCCUCACGAAAGCUACUGAAUCUUCAUCUUCCUGAGAUUUUUGUUUUGGUGCUGUUGACUGUCUGCCAUGACACUGAAGCUAAAGCAUCCCAUCUGUUUACCACAUUAACCAGCUUUACUCAAUUACUAAGCUAUCACCUUGCAUUUGCUGUGUAAUGUAUUAGAUUUUAAAACAUUUUUUGAGGAGAGAAAAAUGGCAAAGAGCAAAAAGCAGUAGCUUUCUUAAUGCAUUAACUGGAAAUUAAUGUUUUUAUUGCCUUUUUCUGGAUUUUUGUUGGUUUUGGGGGUUCUUUGGGGUGUUUUUUGUCCUGGGAUCUAUUUAUAACUGACUGAAGCACUUUUGCAGGUGGUGUUUUUUUGCAUGCUAAUCCUGCAGAGAAACAUUGUGUCCAACAAAGUAUGCUGGGUCAGCAAAAACAAGAAACUUGUGCUGGAAAGGCAGUAUCCACAGAUAAACACAAAUCCCCUUUGGAUACAAUACAAAGUUUUCAGAAGAAAAGUCAGUUUAGGACCAUUGCUCCAAAAAUGGUACCAAAAAUUUUAACAUCGGGAGUGGUUUCUUGUCUUCAGCCAUCUUUGUCUGAGCAAAGUACACCGGUUUCAGCUGCAGUGUCUAAACCAUUGGUGGUACCAACUCAAAACUACGCUGUCAUGCAGGUGGCUGGUCAUGAAGGGAUUUUUUCUCUGUUGGCUGUGCCAUAUGUUGCCCCUACCCUAACGCAGCAAGUCCAGCAGUCAAAUGUGGCCCCUUCUGAAAACCUAAAGCUGCCUAUCCCUCGGUACCAAUCUGUAAGAAAUAAAUUGUUGAGUGACAAAAAACUGACACAAACCUCUGGUUUGGGUGCACAUAACAAGAUUCCUACCAAAGCAUUGAUCUCAUCACAGACUUCCCCCAUGACUACUUUAACUGAAGACUGUCCUGAAACUCAUUCUAGUCCAGAUUCAACUGAGCAAGAGAUGCUAGCGGACCGUGACUCAGCUGAAAUUGCAGUUGCCACAUUAGUAAAGAAAAGCAAUUGUGUGCAAUCUGGAUCUCCUUUAGUGAACAAAACUGAAAUUGCUAACGGUAAUGUUUCUGGGCCAUCUGUAGUUAAAGACUCUUUAUCCAAGCCAGCAAGUACAAUUAAUCCCAUGAAACUAAGUCUACGCUCUGUGAAGACAGCAUCUGAAACCACAAGAGAGUCAUUCAUAAUGUCUGAGAAACUAAAGGAAAAACCCACAAAUUCUGCAAAUUCUGUUGCUGUCCUGUCACCAGCAGUUUUUGGCAGUACAGUACAGAUGACUCCAUCAGCACCAAAAGGAAAACUUCCCAUUUUGCCUUACUCAAGGAUGAAAAAUUCAGCGUUCUGUAAAUCUAAGCAGAAUACCAGUGUUACAGAUGUGUCUGGUCCUUCACUAAGAUCAGAAUGUGAAAAGGUACCAGCUUUGGUGAAAAUCUGUGAUGUUCCUACUAAAGCAGCUGAUAAGCGAUUAGCUGUGUCAUUUACACAAGUCCCCAGACAAACUAUUCGAGAAAAUACCUUCUCUGCAUCCAACAAAGUGGAUGUUGACAGUCUUAAAAAAUUCAGUGGUGCAGCCUCUAAAAGAAAAGGCAGGAAAAGAAGAGCCACAGAUGAUUUAUUGGCUUUUCAGACCAAGCGAAGGAAAUGCAUCAUUAAUAAGUUUAGAGAAGGAAGAGAGAGGGCGAAAACUGAACUUCAGCCGCCUGAAGGUGAAAAAGCAGAGGCAGUGAAAAAAUACCGUAGUAUUAGACCAAAACCAGUGGUAGUUGUGCAGGCUUUUGCACCGCUGACUUCUGCAGCAAUAGUAGAGACACUGUCUCCUGACCAUUUAGACCAAGAUGUUUUCUUAAAUAGUUCACUUCCCAAUAAAUAUUUAAAUUACAAGCAUAGUGAUGCUACAUCAGCUAAAUCAAGUGAUUUAAGUAGAAAUGCAUGUUCAGCUGUACCUAAGCAGUUGCAUAAAUGUCAUGUUUGUAACCAUAUCUUCCAGUUUAAACACCACCUUCAGGACCAUAUGAACACACAUACAAACAAACGGCCUUACAGCUGUCGAAUUUGCCGGAAAGCAUAUAUUCAUUCUGGAAGCCUGAGCACACAUAUGAAACUUCAUCACAAUGAAGGCAAACCCAAAAAGCUUGUGUGCUGUGAAUUCUGUGCUAAAGUUUUUGGCCAUGCCAGAGUGUAUUUUGGCCACCUCAGAGAAGUCCACAGGGUUGUUAUCAGCACAGAGCCCUCUACUAGCGAGCAACAGCUGCAAGAUGCUUUAAAGAAGAGAGACACAAAUAUUGAAGAGGCAGAAGAAGCAACAGAGAGGGGAAACAAGUGCAAUUUUGAGGACCUAUUCCAUAACCCAGGAGAAGUGAAAUUACAGAUCAAAUGUGGUCGAUGCCAGUUUAUUGCACAGUCUUUUGGUGAAAUGAAGUUUCACUUAUUGUGCUCUCAUGGAGAAGAGAUCCAGGGAAGAGUAAAGGAAGGAGUUUUGCAAGGAAAUAGAGGAGCUAAGGGGGAACUAGUCAAACAUACAACCCACUUCUGGAAACAGCGCAAUGAGAGAAGACAUUUAGCAAAAUGCAGUGCCCAUGAGGAGGAGUUUUAUACUUUUCCAAAACUGAAAAGACAGAUACACUUUCACCAUCAAAAUAAUGUUGAUACAUUAUAUAAAAGCGAACUGACUCAGUCAGGAAAUGGUGAAGCAGACAAGGAGGUGCAAAAUGUAGGUUUUGAUACACCGAGCAAAAAAAUAGAAGUUUGGUCUAAAGCGGGCUAUAACUGCAUUUUAUGCAAACAGUUUUUUGGAAGGAAAGAGGAUCUUUUUAAUCAUUGGCAGAGUCGUCAUAACUGUGAAGACCCUUCCACUUUAUGGACAAUUUUUAGUUUGUUAACAAAACAAGGAAUUAUUAAACUUUCUAAUAAUGGUGACUAUUGAAGCUGAAUUCUACAGUGCUAUGAAAAACAUCAACUACCUUACCAAAUUGUUUAUGGUUUUUUGCUGUGUUGCUAAACUAACUCAAGAGAUGUAUCACUUCAGAGGCGGGGUUUUUUGUUGGGUUUGUUGGGGUUUUCUUUAGUUAGCUAACCUUUAUUUUGUAAAGUAGAAAAUGUAUUUAUCCACUACCAUUCCAGAUGGGUAAAUGCAAGCCAGUUAUGAAACAUUGUACUUAAAAUUCAUGCUUAAGGAAUUUAGCAGCAGCAAAUACUCAGUACUAAUGGUUCACAUCAAGGAAAAAGAUUUUUAAGUUAACUUAUACUAUACACACAGAAAUAAAGUAGUUUAUGUGGAGUAAUCUCAAUCUUGAAUGAAAUGACAAACCAGACUGGAAGUGUAAUUUCAGUCCCAACAGUGCUUUGAGAUUUUAUGGUAAAUACAUACUUCUGUGCAGUUCUCUGAAUCAUUUGAAUGUGCAUACAUGCAGCCAGCACUCUAGAGCUUUGUAAUCUAUAAUCUAAGAGCUUUUAAUCCUUGUUUUCUUGAUUUCAGUGUCUUCAUCCAUGUUCAUUACUGUCAGGUUUGUUCUUGGCAGGUCUUUCAGGUAUUACAUUCUGUUCUGGUAAGAGCAAGGAUCUUUGGAUUUUUAAAGUGAAAAAUCUACAUGUAUUUUUUUGCCUGUAGCUCUUUGGGUUGAAGAUGAGUUAAUUGCCACCCAUAAAGAUGGAAACCUCAAAGCUUGACUGCUUUACGAAAAAGAAGGAAGUUUGUUUUAAAAAUAGUAAUGACUUGGUUACUUCUGGGAAGUUUGUCAUUCUGCAAUAGACUGCGUGUUUCACAGUGAACUUUUAGCAUAUUCCUUGCACCUCCUGUGACAGCAGCACUACUGCUGCCAACACCAUUAGCGCUCUGCCUUUCACACUCUGGGUAUAUGGCUUUUGUACCUCUGCAGUUGACCCAGUCUGUGGCUUUAAAGGGAAAUUGUUCCUUCACUUCUAAGUCUGUGGUGCAGGUAAUGAAGCUUUUUCACUUGUGUUGCCAAAUUUACUGUACUAGUGGAAUUCUGUGCAGCACUUUAACAUUCCAAUGUCAGAAGCCAGUAACAGUUACUUUCCCAGGAUGCAAAGCUGUAGCAGUCUGUAGUGAAGCAAUAAGGAACAGUGCAUUCUGUCCCCCCCUGCUACAGAGCAGGCAUGGUAAGUGACCAUUUGGGCAUGUCAGGGGGGCAAGUCAGUUCAGGCUGUAAGGAGAUGGGAUUCUGGAGCUCACUUUUGAUGAAAAGGUCAUUGAAACCAUUGAAUCUCGUUUGAAAUUGGUGUUUAAACUGCUUUUACUUAAAGCCUUAUGUACCUCUGAAUUGUUUUGGGAGCAAUAAUGGAGGCAGUGUAAGAAAUCACUGUAUCACAGUGCAACAGAUGUCAGAGCACUUCAGAGGGCAAACUGAAAAAUACACCAGGACUGUCUCUACAGUGCUACUCUGUUCAUUUAUUCUUGUAGUCAAACUGUAAUUGAAGGAUUGCAAUGAUGAAAGAGUCAUUCCUAAAAUGUCCUGGGUCGCCCCGCACUGUUUUGCAAAAAUUGUGGUCAUGAGAACAUGCAAAGGGAUCUAAAAAUGUUGUGUUUUCUGAGUGGGAUUCCAAAGGCUGUAGCAAUAUUUUGUGUAUGUGUUCUGUUUUAAAACAGUAAAGGCAAUUUUGAUGAGCUAA